CGGCGGCGGCGGCGGCGGCGGUGGAGGCUCCGGGAGCCGGCGCGAAUCCGGCCCCCGCUGCGGGACCCGGCCACGUCUGGACGAGCCCCGCCUGGGCCGAAGCGUGCGGAGGAUGGAAACACUCCCCCGGCAAUGUCUCUGGGCCGCCUCCUUCGCCGGGCCUCCUCCAAAGCCUCGGACCUCCUGACCCUCACCCCAGGCGGCGGCGGCGGCGGGCCCCCCUCCGUCCUGGAUGGGGAGAUCAUCUACUCCAAGAAUAAUAUCUGCGUGCACCCCCCAGAGGGGCUGCAGGGGCUGGGGGAGCACCACCCAGGCUACCUGUGUUUGUACAUGGAGAAGGAUGAGCUGCUGGGGAGCACCCUCAUCCUCACGUGGGUCCCCAACUCUCGGAUCCAGAGGCAGGACGAGGAGGCGCUGCGCUACAUCACCCCGGAGAGCUCCCCCGUCCGCAAGGCACCCCGCCCGCGGGGCCGGCGCGCCCAGAGCUUGGGGGCCCCCCACCAGGCCUCCCCCACGGAGCCCAGGCCCACCCUGAUCCCCAGAGACGCGGACGCCCUGGGGGUGGCGCAGAGCGUCCCAGACGCCGUGCGUGUCAGCCCCUCCCCGCCUUCCGAGGACGGGGACAAGCUGGCCCGGGGCUUGGGGAUGGCCCCGCCGCCCGCGCACAGCGACUCCGGGAUCUUGUCGGCGGUCAGUUCGCAGGACGGGACGGAGGAGGGGCGGGAGCCGCGGCCCGAGGCGGGCGAGGAGGAGGGCUCCCUGGAGCUGUCGGCCGACGGCGUGAGCAGGGACAGCUCCUUCGACUCGGACUCUGACGCCUUCUCUUCGCCCUUCUGCCUGUCGCCCAUCAGCGCCGCCCUGGGGGACAGCGGCAGCUCCGUGUUCCUGGACAGCGAGAGCGGGGAACCACAUGGCCAUCCCACGACCUGCCCCACCAGCUCCCCCUCGGGUGCCGAUGCCCACCUGCGGUUCCCGGAUGGCACCGGCCUCCUGCAGACCCCACGCUGGGACGAGCCGCAGAGGGCCUGUGCCCUGGAGCAGAUCUGUGGGGUGUUCCGCGUCGACCUGGGACAAAUGCGCUCCCUCCGCCUCUUCUUCAGCGAUGAGGCCUGCACCAGCGGCCAGCUGGUCAUCGCCAGCCGGGAGAGCCAGUACAAGGUGUUCCACUUCCACCACGGCGGCCUGGACAAGCUGUCCGACGUGUUUCAGCAGUGGAAGUACUGCGCUGAGACGCAUCUCAAGGACCAGCAGGUCGCCGACGAGAAGACGUGCAUGCAGUUCUCCAUCCGACGCCCCAAACUGCCCUCCUCCGAGACGCACCCCGAGGAGAGCAUGUACAAGAGGCUGGACGUGGCGGCCUGGCUGCGCCACCUGAACGAGCUGGGCCAGGUGGAGGAGGGCUACAAGCUGCGAAAGGCCAUUUUCUUCGGCGGCAUUGAUGUGUCAAUCCGGGGGGAGGUCUGGCCCUUCCUGCUGCGAUAUUACAGCCACGAGUCCACGUCUCAGGAGCGGGAGGCUCUGCGGGCGCAGAAGCGCCAGGAAUACGCCGAGAUCCAGCAGAAGAGGCUCUCCAUGACUCCUGAGGAGCACAGAGCAUUCUGGCGCAACGUGCAGUUCACGGUGGACAAGGACGUGGUCCGGACCGAUCGGAGCAACCAGUUCUUCCGGGGCGAAGACAAUCCAAACGUGGAGAGCAUGAGGAGGAUCCUGCUGAACUACGCCGUGUACAACCCGGCCAUCGGCUACUUCCAGGGCAUGUCAGACCUCGUGGCGCCCAUCCUGGCCGAGGUCCUGGACGAAUCGGACACCUUCUGGUGCUUUGUGGGUUUGAUGCAGAACACGAUCUUCGUCAGCUCUCCUCGGGACGAGGACAUGGAGAAACAGCUGCUCUACCUGCGGGAGCUGCUGCGGCUGACGCACCUGCGCUUCUACCAGCACCUGGUCUCCCUGGGUGAGGACGGCCUGCAGAUGCUCUUUUGCCACCGCUGGCUGCUGCUCUGCUUCAAGCGCGAGUUCCCCGAGGCGGAGGCCCUGCGGAUCUGGGAGGCCUGCUGGGCCCACUACCAGACCGAUUACUUCCACCUUUUCAUCUGCGUGGCCAUCGUGGCCAUCUACGGGGAUGACGUCAUCGAGCAGCAGCUGGCCACUGACCAGAUGCUGCUGCAUUUUGGAAACCUGGCCAUGCACAUGAACGGGGAGCUGGUUCUCAGGAAGGCCAGGAGUCUCCUGCACCAGUUCCGCCUCCUGCCCCGCAUCCCCUGCAGCCUGCACGACUUGUGUAAGCUGUGUGGGACCGGCAUGUGGGACAGCGGGUACAUACCCGCUGUGGAAUGCACGGGCCACCACCCGGGGUCGGAGAGCUGCCCGUAUGGGGGCACGGUGGAGACGCCUUCACCCAAGCCCCCCAGAGAAGGCAAGAAGGGCCCAAAGAUGCCUCGGGAAGGCUUCGGUUUCCGCAGAUAGGGUGGGCUCCCUGCGCCGGACGAAGGUGGAGGGGACCUCCGCAGAGGUCCCGGGCAUGUGGGAGGGGGUGGGAUGGUAGAAACAGAAGGAACAAGACUUGGGGCAACAGGAAGGGAUCCUUUUCGUGUUAAUGACAUAAGCAGAGCCUUGAAGUGACAGCUGCCCAGAGAAGAGUCACCUCCCAAAACGGGACCGGAAUGUGCGGCCGUUCCUCCUGGAGCGGCAGGCUGGCUGGGUUCUCGGGGUGCCUGCCUCUGAGCCCGGGGCAUCUUUGCACACCGGACAUGCCUCCGCAUCAGGCCCCAUUUUCUGAGCGGGCCAGUCUCACUUUGCACAGCUUCAAAGCUGCUAUGAAGAGAUCUGGAAAAAAAAGAGAAAAAGAAAGAAAGAGAGAGAAAGAAAAAGAAAAAAGCGCGGUGACUACAGGAUGGACAGGUGGAGGCGCAGUGGAGGGUCUGAGAAGCUGGGGGCUCUUCUGUGUCCACUUAAACAUUCUUUGCUCCUGGUACGUGAAGGAAGCUGCCCGCCUGAGCCCGAGCCACGGCUGUUAGGGGUGGUUGGACCCUUCUCCCAUAGUUGGGGGCCUCCUACAUGAGGGUGUGUGACGUUUAGGGUCAGCCUCGCCACACACAGCUGGUGGCUGGGGGCUGCGUGGGCUGGGCCAUGUGCACAGGCCAAAUCUGCGAUGUGUGGGGGACGCGGGAGCCCGUGAACUGAGCAGCCUGACAAGGGCACCCGGGAGGCCCAGUGGGGCUCCCGCUUCCCUUUGGGGCCCACGCGGCGUGAACGUGGGCCCCGUGCGUGUCAGCUUCUCAGGUGGCCGGGCUCAGCGGCGACUUGCUCACGCUACGGUGGCCAGCCCUCGGGACCCCCGCCUCCCGGAGGUUUAGGUCAGCUGCUGCUCCUUCGGGAGUUAGCGAGGGACGGAGGAGGACGUGGGAGGGCCCCAGCCUGCCGAGGAGCAUCCAGCCGUCUGCACCGAAAGCCACUUCUUGAGCUGCCGGGAUCUUGGAGGCUGGAGUCCUUCCCUGAAUCUCCUGCUCACCCUCGAAGUGCCCAGGGUCCUGGAGGAGACACAGCCUCCCCUGGGGCUUCUUCCUGCCCUCAGCUCUGCUCCCCGGAGCGCGAGCGGCACUGCUGCUGCUGCUGCUGCCACUUUAAAAAGACACUUACGGACACAAGGGAGGACAUUACCCGCCUCCUCCCUCCUAAGCUUCUCCAUGACCCCACUAUGUCCUCCAGCAGGCAAGGAGACCGAGACUGGCACCUCUGAGUUCCCAGAGCCCUCUGGGGAAAGUCUCCUGGAGCCGCCUCGGUCCCCAGAUCCUUCAGUCCAGCAGCAGGGUCCAGGCUGGGUGGGGCUGGACUUGUCACCUGCCCUGCCUUGUGGCAAAGGGGCAUUGCCUUUCUGUGCCGGCCCCCGUGCCCAGGAGUAUCAGUUAGCCACCGCUUUGGCAGUGCCACGUAAUAGGUAGCCCCCAAAGCCAUCUCACCCUAGUCUGAGCCCCAGCAGUUCAGGCUAGGUACUUCUGGUCCUGGCUGGGGCUUGUUCCCACGUCUGGCGUACCUGAUGGUUAUGUCCCAGAGGGGUGCUCGCGUGUGUAGGGGUCAGACCUGGCGCUGCUCCAUGUUUCCUGCAUCCCCCCUGCACGCUAACCCCAGUCAAGGCAAACGUGCAGAAGCAGAAAUGCACAGGUGCCUCCCCAAGCCCUGGGGGAGGCCACACCUGCUGUCAUCCCAUUGCCAAAGCAAGUCAUGGGGUUAGACUCAGCAUUGGGGAUGGGGUGGGGGGUGAGAACAGACCCCCCCCCCACCUUUAGCAAGAGGUGCUGCACAAUGACGCGGGGAAUUCAGAGCAUGAGGAACUGGUUGGUACGUCUGACCUGCCUUUCCAGGAGAUUUCGGUCCAAAUAACCCUGUUUGGCAGGGGGGUCCCCUGUCAGGGGCAGGGCGUGUCCCCCUGGGAAGGCUGGAGAGGCCCAAGAGGAAGGAGGAUGCUCCUCAGCGCACCCCGUCUGGCAGGAUAGCAGCCGUGUAUUGUACUGAGAUACCUUGUGCCUUUGGGCUGCUGUGUGUGUGUCCAGGGGUCCCUUCGCUUUUGAGGGUCCUGAGUGCAAAGCAUUCAUGCUGCAUCUCCCGGCUCCCACAGCUCCCCAAGACCUCGUACCAAGUGCCAUCCCGCCCUCACUGCUCCCGCCUCACGCCCCUGCGCUUCUGAGCUGGGCCCCCGGGAGACCUAACGCCUCUCAGAGCAGCCACAGUCUCGGAAGCCAAGGACCUGGACAUGUGGGCUCUUUGAAGAAAGGCUGCUCUGGAGGGCUGGGGAAGGCCCGCCUUACAGGGCUCCCUUAAUCUGGGUGCAAUUAGAGGAAACCAGCCAAAAACCCUGCGGCCUCAGGAUUAUUCGCAGCCAGCUAAAGGCAUUAGGGUGAUAAUUCCGUCAUUAGACUUCUAGCCUUCCCACCUCCCAAACGUGCAAAUAUGGGAUAAUCAGCCCGGCACGGCCAUCCUCGGUGAUGCUGCUUAUUUAACCCAUUUUUUUUUUUAAAUGACACUUAAUGUUAUUGGCCGGUGUGCGUGCGCGCGCAUACUUAAUUUCCCCACCACUAAUGUCUCUGCCGACGAUGCAGGAUGUCGUCGGGGCCCCUGGGAAGAGAGGGCGCUUUGGAUUCGCUCCUGCUGGCACAGACGGGGCAGCGUGGCGGGGGCUCGCCAGCCCGGGGAGGGUUCGUGCUCCCUGGGCAGAGGGGGUGGCAGGAGGAUGCUGGGCCCGGGAGGGUGGGGGACGCCCGCGCUGGCGGGCUCGGGGCCUGGUUGGGUGCAGAGAAGAACACUGUGCUAUUCCAGAAGGCUCCAGCUCCAGUCCCGGCCAGGAAGGCUUGGAACUCACAAGUUAUGGGAAGAGCUGUCCCCGAGCCAGUGGGUGUGGGAGGGACGGACAGGGUGGCGAGGGGCCCCAGCCAACCCCCGCAGAGGGGAGGGUCUGCGGUCCAGGAGGGGACGGAGGCUCCAUCGACAGGAUGACGCCCCUGGUCCUCAAACGGAGGCUUUUCCCAGGCGAGGUGGCAGCGGCCGGCGGAGGCCAGCCACACUGAGGUUUGACGGGUGGAUGUUUGGAAAUGGGACAGAGACUGUGGGGCGGGAGGGCGCUCUGUGCCCCCCUCCAUCUUUGCGAGCUCCCUGAGCUCCCUCGCCCGUUCCUCGUUUGGCAGAGGUUGGAGCCUGGCAGUCGGCAGGGUGAUGGGCAUGCUCCGCUUCGGCUCCCCUCCCCGCAGGGAGGCUGGGGUGUCGGGCCACCAGGGCGGGCACCAGGGAUCCCGCAGCAAAGAGAAGGGAGCCUCUUCCAGUUCGCCCAGCAGAGGCUCCCGGAGCCGCCCUGCCCUGCGAGGCAGGAAGGAAGGGGCAUUGCCCCAGGGAGACCCACCCACCCCGUGUGCAGGGGUGUGGACCGGUGUGGACGGGUGUGGACCGGGCCAGACGAGGGGCCCAAGGCAAAGGGAGGGACCUGAAGGUGCAGCCUGAGGCUGGACCUGCCCCAUCCCCAGAGACCCCAGGGAGGCGGACAGCCCAGGAUCCCGUUAGCCCGGCGGCCAGGCCGCCCCUUGGAGUGAAAACCGGGAAGCUCCGGGCUCAAAGGGAACGGCCCCAAAGGCAAGCACAUGGCCUCCGUGGUUGUGAAGCCCGAGGCCAGGGCUCCCCUAGGGGGCAAGUGGUCUUGAGCCUCGGUUUCCCCAUCUGUAGUAUGAGAAGGGUGCCGCCCACCCCACCCCACCCCACCCCACUGACCAUCCAUGGGAAAGCUGCCCUGAGGGUGGUUUACCAAGCCCCCGGGGCCUCACCCCGCCACUCAGGGAAAAGAGCCCGGAGCUUGGCCUGCUGCAGCCUUGCCCACGCGCGGCCACGUGCCCCUGGACUCCGGAGCUCGCCAGCGAGCCCGCUCCCUCUCACGCCCACCGUGCUGCGUGUACCCCGCCCACGGGAAACCUCUCUGUGCCUCUUCCGUAAAGUUCACCCCACUCCUGCCACCAAGAAAAAUCAACCAGGAACCGGAACCCCAGCGACCCUGCAAGACGUCGGUCAGCGUGGGCGUGCAAGGCUCUGGAGCAGGGAUGUGGCUCGUGCACGCAGGGUCCUCCCCGUCCACGGUGGAAACCAGCCGAGCUAGGACUGCGGCCUCCUGGGCGGUGCUGGAGGACCAGGAGAGGGGCGACCCUGGGCCUCCGGGGAGCAGGGCGGAGGCGCGCGCGGCCUGCGGGCAUCUGGUCCUUUAGCUACAUCGCGUGGACUUUCUAAGUGGGAAGAUGACAUGCCUGAUUCAGAGAGCUCAAGCCGCUUGGCCAUCUUCUCUCCCAGCACGUCUGGUUAGAGGGCGGGGGUCUGCUGUUCAAGGAAAAUGUUAAUGGACUGUCCACUGUUACCAGCAGAUGCCCUCGUCCGCGGCAAGCAGUGCUUUCUCUCUGUUUUGUUCUGUUUUAUGAAUACAAUUACCUGUCAGUCAGGCCCUGCCCCAGGCCAGGACUGGUCACCGCAACCCACCCACCCGUCACCAUGGCCCCAACAGUGCUUCCGGCUCUCCUGGAUUCCCCUGGAAAGUAAAUAAAGUCCUAUCGACAACGAA